AUGUCGCAGAAUCAGAGCCACUUUCCGUCGAUUGUGAGACUAAAUGUCGGAGGUAAACGCUUUACCACGAGCCUGCAAACGCUAACAAGAGAUCCCAACUCGAUGCUUGCAGCCAUGUUUUCAGGAAGGCAUAAGCUAGAGACUACUGAAGACGGUUCGUUCUUUGUCGACCGAGAUGGAACUUACUUCCGCUUUAUAUUAAACUAUCUCCGCGACGGAGAACUAGUUUUACCAGAGAGUCCUAAAUUCCUUAAGGAACUUGAAGUAGAAGCGAGGUUUUACCAGCUGCAGGGGGUACUGGGUGAACUGGGGGUUAUAAAGGCCUUAAAAGUGUUGGAGAAAUCUGUGAUUUUGACAGCUGCAAAGGAUCGAAGAGUCUUGAUAGGCUGGAUACCUUUGGAAUAUACACUUGAAGGCGAAUGGCUAUUGCUGUACCGAGCCUCUCGCGAUGGUUUCAAUGGUUCAGCAUUUCAUGAGCGAUGCGACAACAUAGGGCCUACAGUCACCGUUGUGAAAAGUGGUGCAAACGUUUUUGGAGGCUUCACUGAGCGAGCUUGGACAAGUAAGACUGCUAAUACUGCUUUUGAUUGUGUAUUAACAUGAUACAAAAAUUAUAAAAUCCAAGCAAUCAUGCACACGAACUAGACAAAAUGAGAAUAGUCCAUUUUAGACCAUUUUAUAGUUACAGGCGGAAACAAGGCUGGAGUUGACCUUGUUCUGAUACAAACAUCCCUUCCUGCUUCAUUAUGCAAAUCAUUUUAUUCGUAUGCUAACUAGCUAUUUUUAGCAUAAGUUCAAUAAGAGAAGGAAGAAGGUUUGUACCAAAACAAGGUCAACCGCAGCCUCACGUUCACUCAGAGCAUAGGACACAAGGCCACAAUUAAAAAAAAAGCCAAGUAAAAAAAAACAAAUAUUUCUCGUCCCCGUCCUCUUCAUUUUGGAGGGGCGCCUCUCUUUUUUUGUUAUUUCUUAUUAGUAACGUUUGUACGAACAAAAACCAACAGGCGUUACUGUAUGCCACGAAAGAGGAUACAAGGCAAAGAGGAAAAUCACGAGAGCUUUCAGGCAGGUUAAAUUAUAGUCCUAUUGACUUUUUUAAUGCACCCUUCCUAUUGCGAUAUAUGGUAUGAUGCAUCACGUUGAUGUUUAAAACAUGCAUCAAAAUAAUACAAACUUGUGUUUAAUUAAUAAUUAAUAUCUGACGUUUCAUUUUAUUAAUAUUUGACCUAAGUACUCCAACUUAUCCCUGGGAAAGGGUAAUAAUGUGUAAAGAAAGCAUUCAAUUGGAAAUAAUAAAAAAAGUCUGAAAUAACAAAAAAAAAAAAAAUGCGCCCGCCCGCCCUCUUUUGUAUAGAAAUCCGGACGAGAAAGAUUUGUUUUUUCAACUUGGCUUUAGCCCGUAAACUUAACUUGUAUAUAUGUAACUGUUUGUAAGAGUUGAUUUAUUUCCAUCAUACGCGUAUAAACGUUCUCGACCACUGCCCAUAAAUCAUAUCUAUCUUUUUAUAAACAGAACCGAACGAACCAAAGGAAUGAGCUCCUCCAAAACAUGAAUGGCUGCCUUGCCGCCAAGCCUUCCUUUUCAGCUUAGUCAACCCUAGUGGUCUGGGACCAACCAAAAUGUCGCUACUUAAUGGGAGGGAGCAGUUUGCGAUCAUAAGUUAUUAUGACUGUGGACCAGUGUUUGGACGAGCGCGCAACCUGUGCGUAUUUCCAGAGAAAAGAAAAUGUGGUUACAGUUAUCUUGGCGAUACCUAUCAGUGCCCACCAGGGCACCAGAAUACGUUCUUCACAGGCAGUAGAGAAUUCACUGUUACAGACGUCGAGGUGUUUGGACUUUGCCAUUAA